AUGGAUAAUUUCGUACUAAGAGAUUCUGAUAUAGCACUGCCGAUAAGCACCAAUUUGUCUGUGGAUACAUCUUCUGCUACAGAAGAUUCAGAAUUUGCAGCAUCAUUAUUUGCAUCUAGUCAAACCCUUACUGAUGACGAUGAAACACGUAGGGUAGCUGAUUCUGGUGUGACCAUCGAUGAACCAUCGGCUCCAGGCCUUAAAACAAAUUGGGAUUCGACUAGCUUGUAUCGAAUUUACCCAGAGAGAACAGAAAUCACAGCUAAAAAUGGGGAUUCGCUAGAUUCAGAAUCUGGUGAGGAGCUGUCAGAUGCUUUACCAUCUUAUGACCAAGAUUCUUGCGAAAAGCUUGUUAGCACCAUGAAUCACACCCCACGACAUCGUCAAAUAUCGAAUUUUCACGGAAGUCUGUCUACCAAUAGGAAGCAAAUGACGCUUAAUGAAUACCUAUUUGAACAGGCCCUUGGCCAAGGCAUUUGCUCAGAUGUCACUAUAAGAGCAUUUGGAACAGAAUAUAAUUUACACAAAUUGAUUCUUUAUCGUAGCCCCUAUUUUGCCAGUUUAUUUAGUGUCCUAUGGAGCAACGAUAAUAGCAAGGAUCACAAAUUUCAUACGGAAUCCAAUGGAGACUCGACGUCGCGAUCAUUCAAUUCAGUCUUUGAUAUCGAUUUCAGUGCGGAUCCCCAUAUUACGCGAGAAGUAUUUGAGCUUGCACUUGGCUAUUUGUACCGUAACGGUGAGGCCCCUAAAAGUCCAGACAACAUGUUCGGUUUAUUUGCAAUUGCAAGCUUUUUGGAUAUUCCUGACCUCGCUAACGAUUGUUUGGACCAUUUGAUUAGAAACAUCGAUGAGGGAAAUAUAGCUGAAAUGGCAUCGUUUGCAACAUCAUUCGACUAUGGGCCACCGAGUGAAUUAAUCAGUGAAGCGUGCAAGAGCUUUCUUUGUAUAGAGGGCCCAACUGUAUCAGAGGAUAUUUGGCUCAAGAUUCCUAGUGACAUGUUAGUAGAUGUGAUCACAAGCGAUUCCUUUUUUGUUACAUCUGAAUUCGAUCGUUGUGUUUUUCUCAUGGGGCGAUAUAAUCAGAUUUCGAGUUUGUUGAGUAGCCUCGAGUUCAGCGACUUUUCCAGUUCUUUGAAUCAAAAGCUUGUACUUGACGAUGAUAUCAAGAAGGGUGCGGAUGCUGAUGUUCAGGGAACUGAAGAUGUUUCAGCUGACCGGAUUGAGAAUUUGAAACAAACUUUGAUCAGAAUCCAGAAGGGUCUGAAUUUUGGUAUUCACUAUGCCAAUAUUGCCCCUGGCCAAUUAAGAUUCUUGGAAUCAGUUAAAGAUCGUAAGCUGAACCCGCUUAUCGACCGUGCGGUGUUACUAGAAGCACUAUGGACACAGACGAUGCUCCAACAAGAUAUAUGCUCUAAAGGUGCCUUUUAUCCUUCUACAUUAUCUUUCAUAUCGCAGCAUGGCCUAAAUUAUCGUGUGACAGAGGAGAGUGUAAGGACUGACAGAAACCAAAGUCGACUGGAGGCAGAGGCAAACUCUGGACCGACACUUACCGGGUAUCCGCCAUUUCGCUUUGCAGUUGAGUUUCCAAAUGUUGCUGAAAUGCCUGUUUACAAGCGGGUAUAUAGCCAAACGUUUUGGUACGCCGGAUCAUACUGGAAUGUGUACAUUCAAAGAGGACCUCAUAAAAAGGGGGUUUACCAGUUAGGAGUGUAUCUACAUAGAGGUAGACCAGAUAUGGUUCCUGAUAGUUCUCAGGACUAUGUAUCUAGUUCUAUUAGGAGGAAUGAUGGGAGCUUUUCGGUUCAUGGCGAAGACCAAACAUAUGAUGACCUUACGGCUGUGUACAAGGAAAAAUUAUCCCCAGUUGAAAAUCAAAAGGCCUUUGAGCAAUUCAAAUCGAGUCAACCACGGGUUUCUAUGACCCCUUCUAAUGAAUGUUCGGGGAAUAUAUUGCUGAAAGUCGGAAGAGAACUAAAGGAGGUUCGAAAUGCCGUAAAUAUGGAGCCACUGUAUAUUGAUGAGCGUAAGAAGGUAUCGGCAUAUUUCAAAAUUUACACGACUUCCAGAGAAGGAAUGUCAUCACUGUCAUGCUUCUCCUCUUCUCCAGAUACAUUUGAUAUUUCCCAGUCUUGGGGUUGGAAAAGCAAGAGCCUUUAUUCAUCUGCUAUCUUGAGCAAGAAGCCUCUAAAGUUUAUGGUUACUGUGGGAAUUAUUUGA